AUGGACCGCUUAAAACGACAACGGGCCCCUGUACGCGCCAGGAUCACAAGGCUAACCGACGAGAUCAAGGACUUCCUGGAUUCGACAAGCCCCUCUCGCCAAGAUCUAGAGCUCAAGCUUUCUCUUCUCACCGACAAGGCGGCUAUACUCGCAAGUAUGGAUAGCCAGAUUGCAGCCCUUGUGGACGAUGACGAAAUUGAUACCGAAGCGGAAGGAUGUGACCAGUAUCUCGAGCUUAUUGCCGAUGCUACCCUCAGGGCGAAGCGCCAUCUUUCGAACACGAGUCUUCCAACGACUAACAACGCUCGCCAACCCCUAAUCCAAAGCAACACGGCAUUACAAUUGUCCACUAACGUGCCACGAUUACCAAAGCUCCAAAUUGAACCCUUUACUGGGGAACUGUCAUCUUGGCAGUCCUUCUGGGACCAAUUCAGUUCUGGAGUCCAUCAGAAUCCAACCUUAUCAGUUAUUGCAAGAUUCCAGUAUUUGAGAUCUCUAGUCAAAGGGAAGGCAGACCUCGCAAUUAGAGAUCUUGAUCUCACUGUGGAGAAUUAUCCUACGGCCAUCCAAAUUAUUCAUCAGCAGUUUGGAAAUCCCGAUCGUCUGAUAUCAGAGCACAUGACUCAUCUUCUUGAGCUUCCAGUGGUGCGGUCUUCCGACGACGUGGCGAAACUUCGCAUGUUAUACGACACAGUUACAGUACGGAUGCGAAACUUGAAAAGCCUUCGUGUACCGGAAAGUUCCUACAGCAUUGUACUUGUCACGGCUUUGCUACGCAAACUUCCUCCGGAUUUGGAACUUGAAUAUUACCGCCGACAAAUAGGGGCCAAUGAGGAUAAUACACAAGCGACAUCUUCCUCGGAAUCGCAUCACGAAAGUUCUACUCUGGUUGAGUCUGCCACCCUCAUAUCCCUACUUGCCUUUCUUCGACGAGAAAUUGAAAACAGAGAAAGGAUGGUAGUUCGACGCAAGGAUUCUGGUAGUUCAGCGCUAGCUCUGCCUCCGGUACAUUCUCAAAGAAACGCCUCAGCCGCCGCUCUUACAGCAACCACAGAAUGCACGCAUCAGAACAAAGGAAUACAAAGAUGUAUACUGUGCGGUUCACAACAGCAUUCGGUUGCCACCUGCACCGUAUUCCUAACCCCUGACCAGAAGAUUACUAAAUUGAAACAAGCCGGCUGUUGCUUCAAAUGCGGCAAAUACAAGCACCUUGCAAAGGAUUGCCGAACCUCUAGAAAUCUGUCCUGUAGCAACUGCUGUGGUAAACACUUAACCGCUUUAUGCUGCAAGGCUCCGGAAGCCACAAACGUCUCUUCUGUAGAACAGAAUCUGAUAUCUCCACGUUCUGCCAUACCAUUGACUGACCAGCUGACAGUGUCUUCUCAAGAUAUGGCAGCCCUCACUGAUCGCGCUUCCAUCAAUGUUUCUACCGUCAAUCCUAGCUCAGUCAUUUUACUGCAGACCGCACGAGCAACGGCAUCUGCCAGGCCAUCAUCCCGAAGAAGACUCAUACGUAUACUUCUUGAUGGGGGCAGCCAACGCACCUUCAUCCGAAAGGAUGUCUCUGCCAAACUCCACUGUUCUACGUCGGGCUACGAAGAGCUCACUAUAUUUGCUUUAGGACGUCGCGCCAACAACGAAAACGUAUCACGUCGUGUCAAGGUUGCCUUGACAUCACCUUUAAGCGCGCAGUCUUUAGAGCUCGAAGCACUCGAGAUUGAGGACUUGUGUAUGGGAAGUCUCCCAAUUCCCGAUGGAAAUCUCAUUAAGGAACUCUCUCAAUCAAACAUGACAUUGGCAGACGACACUGUUCAUCGCCUCGAAAUACCAGGAAUUUCAAUCCUUAUAGGAUGCGACUACUACUGGAGCGUCGUAACAGGAAAGGUUCGCAAGCUUCGCAGAGGUCUAGUCGCCGUGGAAACUAUCUUCGGCUGGGUCCUACAAGGCCCUGCUCCGUCGAACCACGAACCUCAUGCCCAAGUGGCUCAUGCAUUACAUGUACAGGCGACAGAUGUUACCAUAAGUCAGGAGUUGCGACGAUUUUGGGAUGUUGAACAUCUUGGGAUUGAGGAGAUAUCUUGCCCCGCCAGACCUCAAGAGGACCCUGUUCUUCAGCAAUUCGCGGUAACAACCCGGUUAUCCGAACAACGAUACACUGUUCGUCUUCCAUGGAAGGGGAGCAAGAAGACUCUGUCUGAUAACCAGUCGCUGGCUCUGAAACGACUUAACGUCCUAACCAGGAAACUCCGUCAAAGUAAAGCCCUUCUCGAGACAUAUGACAGAACUAUUCGACAAUACAUUAACCUAGACCAUGCAGAAAGGGUAAACCCUUCGUCCCUCGUCUCUCAAGCAUAUUACAUGCCCCACCAUGCCGUAAUACGCGAAGAUCGGGAGACUACAAAAGUGAGGAUUGUCUUUGACAUUAGCUCAAAGGGACCAGGAUCACAAUCCUUGAACAAUCUCCUCGCCUCAGGACCAAACCUCAAUCCGGACAUGUUGCGGCUUCUGCUCAGCUUCCGCUCUAAAAGGGUCGCCAUCGUUGCGGACAUAGAGUAG